ACACACACACAUAUAUAUAUAUAUAUGUGUGUGUGUGUGUGUGUGUGUGUGUGUGUGUGUGUGUGUGUGUGUGUGUGUGUGUGUAUUAUAUGAAGCAUUUUAUAACAAACAGACAAGACAACUUUCAUACUAACAUUCACACAAUUAAGUUAAAUUGGGAGUAGCUGUCAAUUUACCUCAGAAAACGAUUGAAAUCCAGUUCUAAAUGACUUGUUGUAGAUAUUCUAAAAUGCGAUUUAAAUAUAUUUUUAUAGAAACAUAUGAUUUUAAUGACCUUGUAAUUUUUGCUUCCUGGACAAAGUGUCAGCAUUAUUGUUACGUCAUAUUGUUUUGUAUUACUGCCACCCGGUAAACUCAAAAUUAACAACAUGACAUUAAAAUAGGAAGGUUUUGUACAUAUUUGGAAUUAUCGAUUUUUGGAGGUACUAUAGCUUGUAACGAUAUCAUAACGUCUUUUCAUGAUAUUUCGAAAUAAUUUCUCAAAUAACUUCAAUUUCACCAUUACUUUGAAAAUGCUAGCGAUGAAUUUUAUUUGAUGAAUUAAGAACCAUAGAGGCCAGCAUGGCUUUACAAAAUAUGUACUAUAAAACUACUGUAUAAUACACUCAAAUCAUUACUGUGUAUGUGCUUUAAAAAUCACGGUAUCUAAAAGCCGGGGUUAUUGUACCUUAUAAGUAAUAUAAGACCCUGUUGCACAAAAGUUAGUUAAUUUGAACUGACAUUUAAAGGGGCAUGGAUACGAUUUGAGCUGAAAAUGUUCAAAUUUUAUUUUUCCAUUUCUAAUAUUUACAAUGCUUAACUAAGGUAUUUCUAAUGGUCAGCAGAAAUUUGAAUGUCAGUUACACGAGAUAUACAGAGCUCACAAUUCUUUGUUAUGUAAACAAGGCUCGUGUCAUGUUUUUGUUUACAUAGGUUAGAUGUACCGUUUAAAAGCAGAUUUUUCAAUUUACAAGUUAAUUUUUAACACAAUUAAAAAGUUUCUAGUGUUUGUCACAUCUCAUUUGGUUUUAAACAUGAUAUUUUCAGUCAAGCAAUCUUUAUGUAAACAAAAACAUGGCGCGAGUCUUCUUUAUAUAACAAAAAAUUGUGCGUGCUGUAUCUCAAUUGUAACUCAACAACUGACAUUAAAAAUUUUGUUGACCAUUAGAAAUACCUUAGUUAACACUAUAUAAAUAUAAGGGUUAAUGGCUAGUUAAUUGUCAGUUAAAGUUAAUCAACCUUCGUGCAACUGGGUCCUUGUUUGUCAGUAAUAUCUGUGUUUUGCGUCUUAGAAGAAAUAAAUAAAAGGGAAAUUGUCAGAAGUUAAUCAGUAGUCAUCAUUUUAAAUAACAUUAUUUCAAAAGUUGAAUUCUUGAAAACUCCUCAUUUGCAUGGGGAUUCGAUUAAUCGUUGUAAGACCUUUGGAUUUCUCUAGGAUUAAUGGAGCACAUCGUAUAAAGGGGACAAGAGCACGGUGCAGGGGGUCAUUAUACAUCAGGAUAGAAUACUACUAUUCAUAUAAUACUGAACACAAUUAUAUUAUAACAUUCCAACACAUUUGGUCCUUCUUAUAUACACGCUUUCAAUCAUUUCUGAAACUUAUUACAUACUGUAUAAAAGUCAUUUUAUGGGCCGGGAUAAGCAUUAUAUGUAAAUUACGCAUAUAUAUUUUUCUGUCUAGUUAUCUUGCUAGACCUAGUUUUAUUUUAUGGAAGACGACUGGUCUUAACUUAGACCUAUUACAAUUAUGAUAAAUGAAGCUACAAUUUACGAAUGGACUUAAUUGGCUAGAAACAGGAUUUGUUGAUAUUUUUUUUAUAUCGAUAAUAAAUUCGAUUUCAUGAAGUAUGCUGGUAUGAUGCCCUUCAUGACUUUUAUCUAUUAAAUGGUGUGAUUUUAAUUGGAUUGGAUUUGCAAGCAAUUUAUUGUUACAUCAUAGUUGCAGAACGCAAACUAUGUAGCAAUGAAUGUAUUUAUCACAGUGAGUAUCGUCAAUCGUAUUCGACCGUGUUCAGUUACGUCCCUUGAAAAUAUAAAAAAAAGAAUUGCGUAGUAAAUGCAACAGAAUGCCUGGACAGCGAGUUUAUGUUACAAGACAGAUAGGACACGAAGCGCUGUCGCUCCUGGAAGAAAAAUGCAUAGUGGAGUUAUGGGACAGUGAAGAGCCCGUUCCUAAGGAAACACUUCUGAAAGCCGUGAAGGGCAUUUCUGGCUUAUUCUGCACAGUUAGUGACACCAUCGGCGUCGAGGUUUUACAGACAGCGGGUCCUAGUUUGAAAGUGGUAGCAACGAUGUCGUCUGGUUCGGAUAAUAUUGACGUCAGCGAAUGCCAUCGCCGUGGGAUCGAGGUGUGCAAGACACCGGACAUCGCAGCUGACGCGGCCGCAGAUAUUGCGAUAGCGUUGAUUCUAAUGACGUCAAGAAAAAUCGUCCAAGGUAUUGAAGCGAUCCGACAAAACGAGUUCUACUGCUGGAAGCCUUCCUGGUUGUGUGGUAUGGGACUCAUCAACAAGACCAUUGGGAUCCUUGGAUUUGGACGAGUUGGGUUCGGAAUAGCACGAAGGAUAAAGCCUUUCGGAGUGGAACACAUAAUUUAUCACGACUUGGAGGAGACUGCUUAUGCCGAUAAUUUGGCUGAUUAUGUGUCUCUGGAUACCCUGUUUACCUCGUCAGACAUACUCUGCAUCUGCUGUUGUGUUACAGGGGUGACAAAAGGAAUGGUUAACAGUAAAAUGCUGCAGAGAAUGAAGAGGACUUCAAUCUUAAUCAACACAUCUAGAGGAGCCAUUGUAAACCAUGAUGAUCUGGCAGACGCACUAAGAGAAGGAACGAUUACCGCCGCCGGAUUGGACGUCACUGAUCCGGAACCACUUCCUGUGGGCCACCCUCUACUAUCGCACCCCAACUGUGUGAUUCUUCCACAUAUGGGGACCAACACCACAGAAACUAGAAUCGCCAUGAGCACCAACACGGCGAAAAGCAUUCUGGCUGUCCUUGGAGCUCAGUGAUAAAAAUCAAACUAUGGCUAUAGAUUCGACAAUUGCUCUACUGACUUUAUGUUUAAAGUCAAAGCUCGCUGUCAUUUCACAACAAUGAAGUAUAUCUCUACUGUUCGUAGUCAUCCACUCAGGUACCUCGUAACGUGGGGUCACAUUGUUUAGCCCUGUCUUGACUUUUUUAAAUAUUAUAUGGAAAUAUAAACACGUAAUACAUCUAGACA